AAAAGUAUUUCCUCUUGUUCGCCUUUGGUAGCGAACUUGGUGUUAGCAAGUUAUGUAUCCUUGUGGUAGCUAAAAUAUUGUGGGUGGGUAUGAGAAUAUAGCAGGACGGGAACGAAGGAUUAUUGUCAGAAUAAUGAUGUGGAGCCCAUUUAAGGCAUUACAGAAGAAUAAGACGCUCACAUAUGGCAUUCCAAUGAUUUUGCUGGUCGUUGGUGGUUCCUUCGGGCUUCGAGAAUUCACACAAAUCCGAUACGAUGCGCAGAAGAUUAAAAAGAAGCUGGACCCAGCACUCGAGGCCAGAAUCAACGUCCAGAAACAGCCCGUCAUCCUGGAGGAGGAGUACGAGAAGAUGCAGAGGCUGAACCUGGACGAGUGGAGUAACAUCAGAGGCCCCCGGCCGUGGGAGAACUCUCGGGAGUACCAGGAUCAGCAGCGGGCCCAGCAGGCCACCGGGUCCCCAGGGGCCACAGGGGCCCCGGGCCCCGCGGGAGGGGGGGCGCGGGCAGCGGGGGCGCAGCCAGACGGCCCCUAAAGGCAGGGCGAGGGACCUGGCGGCCCCAGCUCCUCUGUCUCUGUACUGUCAGUCUCCCUUUUGUCCUCUGCCUGGGCUAUUUUUACUCCCCACCUCCGCACCUCCGCACCCCCGCGCCUCCCCACCCGGCUCACGGGAGAUA